AUGAAAACAUUCCUAUUAACAUCAUUCCUAAUCUCAAUUACCUAUUCAUAAUUCCUUAAACCAACUUAAAUAACUUAAGUAAUAUAGCCAUAAUAUUAAGUUUUGUGGUAUUCAAGAAUAUCUACUACCUGAUAUCUACUAUGUAUAAGGAAGUGCAUCAACCAUUGUAGAACCAACUUAAGCCAUCAUUACUUUAAAUAUUGAAGUUAAAAAAUUUUAAGCUUAAGAGACACUAUCAUAAUUGGCUAUCAUUUCAGAUAAAGCUAUCAAGUAAAUAUUGUCUCAAUUAAUUAAGGGCUAUCAAGGAACAAUCUAGUAGUGAUAUCAAGAUUUAAACUAAUGAUUUUUAGAUUUAACCAUAUACAGAAUUUGAUUAUACAGUAGAUCCAGCAAAAUUGAUCUUUAAAGGAUUCAAAGCCAAUAAUUAACUAACUAUUGAAACCUUAAAUAUCAAUGAAGUGGGAAAGUAAGAAUUAUUAUUAUCUUAGAAUCAUUGAUAUUGCUGUAAAAAAUGGAGUUGAGACUGUUGGUGGUGUAAGUUUUGAUAUAAGUAAAGAAUAAAAACGAAGAAUAAAAGAUGUAUUAAUUGAGGAUGCCAUAGAAGAUGCUAGACAUACUGUAAAUAUAUAAUAUUAAUAAAUUUAAAGGCUGAUGUCAUCUUGAAACAAAUGAACAUGAAAAUCAUAUCAGUGAAAAGUGUUGCUCUAAAUGAUGUCUACAGUUAUGAUUAGAUGGGUAUCCUUCAAUAAUCAGUGACUGUAGGAUAUAUAAUUGGCCCUAUAGAUUAAUGA